UGCGUGCACACCUCCGGCAAAUUCGGAGACGUUCUGCGAAAAAAUUGCUUCCGGUAAGGAGCUAGCGGGUCUGAAGAUGAAUGAAGAAUAUGAUGAUGACAUGAAAAUCGUGAAAUCGCGUAUGGGCGAAUUCUCGCGUGGACGACUGAAGAGAGUCUACCGACUCUCUGAUAUAGGAGAUAUGUUUGAUGGAGGAGGAGUUCCAAUUGAUCACUACAUUAUUCAAGUGGACAACGGCACACAGUUGCAGUGGAAACUCCAGGCCCCACUUACAGUUUUGACAUCAUGUACAAUACUACACGACCUUCAGAUUUCGUCGCUCAAAACUUAGUCUUAUAGUAUGAAGAACCAACCGCCAAGUGCAAUAUCAUUCAUGCUGUUUUUAGAUUGUGCAUAUAGCUACCUAUAUACAGGGUCUUCUCUAGUUUAAGUGUGGCCAGUUUAGUUGACUAGUAAAUCUUCAUGCAUUGCUCUGCCUAGUUUUAUGGUUGUAUGGUCAGUGGCUACUUUGUAAAG